GGCGGCAUUAGGAGCAAAACAUGGCGGAAGGGGCUGCUGCCGCUGCGCAAGCCAAGGAGAGGCGGAAAGAGCAGCUACGGCAGUGGACUCUUUCCUGCACCAACCAGGAGGCCCCAGAGCCUCGGUGGCAACGACGGCGGAGGAGGAAGAGAGCCGGGGAUGGGAAUGAAGAAGAUGAAGGCGGCAGGGGCUCUAAGGGGGAAGGGGACGGGGGGCGCACAGUCCGCUUCGAGCGGGCGGCGGAGUUCUUGGCGGCCUGUGCCGGAGGGGACUUGCUGGAGGCGGAGGAGAUGCUCCGGAGAGAGGACGGGAAGGAAAUCAUUGACAGCACCAACACCGACGGCAUCAGCGCCCUGCACCAGGCAUGCAUUGAUGAAAACCUGGAGGUGGUAGAAUUCCUUGUAAAUCACGGAGCCAACGUGAACCAAGCCGAUAAUGAAGGGUGGACUCCUCUGCACGUCGCGGCCUCCUGCGGCUACAUGGAGAUAGCAGAGUAUCUCCUGAAACACAACGCCAACAUAGCUGCCGUGAACAGCGAUGGAGACGUCCCUCUCGACAUUGCCGAGGAUGACUGCAUGGAGACUUUGCUCCGGGCUGAAAUUUCAAAGCGAGGCAUCGACAUCGAAGCCGCCAAGAGGGAGGAGGAAGAAGUGAUGCUGCAGGAUGCUCGGCAGAUGCUGAAUGCGGGUAAAAUCGAAGACAUCCGACACCCGAAGACGGGCGCAAGCGCUCUGCAUGUUGCUGCGGCCAAGGGAUACAUAGAAGUCAUGAGGCUUCUGCUUCAAGCCAACUUUGAUCCCAAUGUGCGAGACAAGGAUGGCUGGACGCCUCUUCACGCAGCAGCUCACUGGGGGGUGGAAGAGGCCUGCAGGCUGCUUGUAGAGCAUUUCUGCGACAUGACUGCGCUCAAUAACGUGGGCCAGAGAGCCAGCGAUGUUGCUGAUGAAGAUAUCGUUGGUCUUUUGGAAGAGCUGCAGAAGAAGCAGGAAGAUCUGCGGAGCGAGAAAGAGGCAAAUCUAAAGCGAGCCGUGAUUGACACAGGGAUCGAACAGCAAACGAUGUACACCAAUAAACACAGGAGGAGUUCGGUUUGUCGAAUGAGCAGCAAAGAAAAGAUUUCUGUGCAAGACCAGUCAAAGGAGCGGACGACGCUGGGAACCAUAACUGUCGGCGACGAGGAAAGCACGUCCAGUUCAGAAGAGGAAGCGGAGGCCGCAAACGAAAAGACAAGCACAAUGCAAGUAAAUGAGAACGGACUGCUACCUGAGCAACAGAACAGCACCGUGACCCCGACAUCAUCUGAUCAGAAGUUCACUGGGGCAACCGGCAGCAUCACUGAGAAAAGUGAGUUACCCCUGUCCAACGUAAGAGCGGGCUUACGCAAAACGGGCAGCUUCGGGGUUCUGCAAGAUGCCAAACUAGAAGACAGUAACGCCAAAGAGCCCGGGAUCAAGCGCUCUGCUUCCAGUCCCCGUUUGGACACCCAAGAACGGACUAAAGAGCCGCUUCUGGCUCGGGUUCAGCCAACUCCUUCCAGACGGAUCUUCACCUUGCCUGAAGCCGACCCUGUGCCGCAAGCCAAGAGAGAAGACUUAGAAGGUGGACUACAGAUGAGACUUGACAUGGUUCCCACCACACAAUUGCACACAAACACCUUCUCCAGCAUGACUGCCAAUUCCUCCACUUCGUCCUCCAGCACGGUCUCCAGCACUGACCCGAAAGAUCAGCGCAGGUCGUAUCAAGCACCCGUCCGCGAUGAAGAGUCUGAAUCUCAACGGAAAGCACGUUCACGCCUCAUGAGACAGUCAAGGCGAUCCACGCAGGGCGUCACGCUUACUGAUCUGAAAGAAGCAGAGAAGACGUUAGUGAAGCCAGCUGAUAACGCGCCAUCUUCUGACUCCCAAAGUGAAGAUGGGAGAGAGAGACUGGUGAAGGGUCAGCUGACUGAAAAUUCGGAUCUGUCAAGAAGGUUCCGGCUGCCAAGCACUGAAAAUACUGUGAAUUCCGAAGCAAAGAAAGUAGAACUUGAAACUGUGAGCAAAGAUGAACAAGAAACAGAAAACCAUUUAACAACAAGAGACAGAAGACGAUGGCGGAAAGAGCAGAAUUCUUUAUACACGGGCGUCAAUUCGUACGGGGGUACAGAGAAUGAAGACACGGAGUCUGUAAAUCACAAUGAUACGUCGGGACACGGGUUAACGGACAGCGUGAAUAGUAUUUUACCCUAUAGAGCUGGGACCUACUCCUUUAACAGACACAGCAGUUCAGGGUCUAAAAACGAGGCAGACAAAGACUAUAAAAAGUUAUACGACAACAUGAUGUCAGAAAACGAAACCCUAAGGGAACAACUUCAAGAGGCCGAGCUGAAACUCACUCAGUUGAAGCUGGAGUUGGAACGAGUGACGCAGAGGCAAGAACGGCAUGCAGAGAGACCUGCUUUACUGGAGCUAGAGAGAUUUGAGCGAAGGGCGUUGGAGCGAAAAGCUGCUGAAUUAGAAGAAGAGUUAAAGGUUCUUUCAGAUUUGAAAGCGGACAAUCAAAGACUAAAGGAUGAGAACGCAGCCUUGAUCAGAGUCAUCAGCAAACUGUCAAAGUGAUCUCUCUCUCCAUCUCUCUGAAGACUCUGGUCGUUGAGUGGCAGGACUUACCGUCACGGUCUCGGCCCAUGUGCGGAACUUUGUCUGCGCGGCCAAAAAAAAGCUGACGUCCCGGCUUUGUCGGCUGCCGCGGAGGGAAUCUGUAUUGUGAACACAAAGCGUUGUACGGCACACACUGGAGCCGGUUCUGAGAGCCAGCAUCCCGAUCCGUGGACAUUGUGAACGUGUCUGAUGUGCUAGUUUAUCAAAUAGUUGUAUUCACCUAUUUUUUUUUUCCUUUUUAACUUUAUUUGUAUGUAUAUCUAUAAAUAUAUCCUAACGUGUAUAUUCACCUGUCUUUAGGCAGCGCCACCGGCAUUGAUUAAAGUUUUUAUUACUGUAUUAGAGGACAGUUUUCCACCCUC